UGAAUCUUAGAGCUUCCCCAUAACUGACUGCUAAGAUGUCUACACACGAUAACACUAAUGAAAAUGUGGUCAGCGUGGAAUAAUCAAGAAAUUACCUCCAACUAAAAGAUCUUCCAAACCAAAGUUCAGGUGAAAAGUACUGACUUUAACAUAGAUAGCUUACCUCUGCCUCGGAAAGCCCAUCAUGACUGGGCUCUUUUUCAUGAAGAGUCCCCAAAAAACAAUUACAGGCUCUUUCAUAAGCCGGUCAUCACCUUGUUCAACUACACCGCCACAUUCAGCAGGCAUUCCCACUUGCCACUAACUACCCAAUACUUGGAGGGAAUAGAAGCCCUGAAGUCACUCCAAUACCUAGUUCCUUUACAGUCCAAAAACAACCUUAGAAAAAGACUUGCUCCACUGGUGUAUGUACAGUCAGACUGUGACCCGCCAUCAGAUAGGGACAGCUAUGUUCGUGAGCUGAUGACUUACAUCGAGGUUGAUUCCUAUGGUGAGUGUUUACGAAACAAAGAUCUCCCUCAGCAGCUGAAAAAUCCAGCCUCUAUGGACGCUGAUGACUUUUACAGGAUCAUUGCACAGUACAAGUUUAUCCUUGCUUUUGAGAACGCAAUUUGUGAUGACUACGUCACUGAGAAGCUCUGGAGACCACUGAAACUGGGGGUAGUUCCUGUGUAUUACGGAUCCCCCAGCAUCACAGACUGGCUUCCCAGUAACAGAAGUGCUAUUCUCGUGUCAGAAUUUUCUCACCCCCGAGAACUGGCAAGUUACAUCAGACGACUGGAUUAUGAUGACAGAUUGUAUGAGGCCUACAUAGAAUGGAAGCUGAAGGGUGAGAUCUCUAACCAGCGACUUCUGAAAGCUCUCAAGGAACGGAAAUGGGGAGUGCAAGACAUCAACCAGGAUAAUUACAUCGAUGCAUUUGAGUGCAUGGUGUGCAGCAAGGUGUGGGAGAACAUCAGGCUUCAGGAGAGGGGCUUACCACCCAAAGCAUGGAAGGCAGAAGACACCCACCUGAGUUGCCCGGAGCCUACGGUGUUUGCUUUCUCACCUUGGGCUCCGCGUCGGAGCUCUAUGCGAGAGAUGUGGAUACCAAGCUUUGAACAAUCUAAGAAAGAAGCCCAGGCACUAAGGUGGCUGGUUGAUAGGAAUCAAAAUUUUUCAGUUCAAGAGUUUUGGGCCUUAGUAUUCAAGGACUCAUUUCAGAAAGCAUCAGAAUGACACAGACUAGAGGCUUCUUGAGGUUUAUAUUAUGGUUUGCCUUAAUAUCUGAAUGUAAUAGCUAUUCUGUUGACUAUCCUUUAGGAUAAGAAUUCAUUGCUACAGUUCUCAUAAUGAGCCCUAUCAAUGAAUAGAUAUGAAUUACCCUUAGGGGUUGUCUCUAUAUUUUUUUAUACUAAAAAAAAUAUUUCUUAUGGACACUGUUCAUCUUCAGUUUACAUGUCUGGACCCAUGCACCUGCUGCCUUUUGUGGAAAUUCUCCUAAGUCAAGAGUGGUGUUCUGCUCAUGGACGUCUGAUACUCACCUCACCAUCAGCAGUUUAUUGGUAUUUGGCAAGCCCAGUGUCCUGAUGCUGAGCAUGAACAUGAAAUGCAUUAGAACUUGGCAAUGACAGAUUCCAUCUGUUGGUUUCCAGGGAUGUGAGUGAUAAUAAAAGCUAUGUCAAGUUU